UAACAGCAGCCUUUAACGCAGCCCAGCUUGCCUCUCUGCGCAUUCGAGGCAGCACAGGAUACAGACUCACACACUCAAUCAUAUCUCAAACUGGAGUCACAGUGAGGAAACAGAAUGUCAGGGAAGGAAGCGCUGAAGCCGGUGGGAAAGCACAAUUUGCCACAAGUCGGCACGGCUUUUUUCUGACCUGCUCUGUAACGAGGCUGACGUUCAGAACUGAAUAUCAAGAUUGUGGCUUUUUUUUUUGUCUGGAAACAGGUGAAAACACAAAAGAUUUAGUCGAGCAAGUAGAAGGUUGGCCUUUACUUGGAUUCCAACUUCAAGAUCUGGAUUUUCACACAGAGGAGACGGACAUCAGGGGGACAUUCUUCAGAUUCUCUUCAUCUGCCGCCACCGUCGAACCACAGGAGGGCACAGGUUAACCACACGAAAUACACCACAGAGAAGAUGAGCUUGUCACGGAGCGGGACGCUGGAGAAGGCGCUGUCCGAGCAGGCCCACUCUGAGGCCCGCUCCCCGUCCAGAGCGGGGUCAGGGGUCGUGGUGCCGCCUCCCUACUCUGUGGGCGGCAGCGAGGCGGCGGACUCCCCUCUGGAGCUGAGGGGCUCCCUGGACUGCUGGGCCUGCUCGGUGCUGGUCACUGCACAGAAUCUGGUCAUCGCGCUGAUCAACGCCUCGCUGGCCAGCCUCGUGUUCGGCACCAUCCUCACCCCGGCCCUGGCCAUGAUCAUAUUCGGCUUCCUCUGCCACUCCACAGUGCAGCCCCACGGAACCUCCCUGUACUGUUCGGACCUGCUGGAUGACGGCGGCUGCGUGGCCCUGCUGGUGGUGGGGUUUCUGCUGCUCACCCCUCUGCUGGUCCUGGCUCUGGCCGCCUACUGCCGCCUGGCCCGGCACCUCCAGCUGGGCCUGUGCUUCAUCCCCUACAGCCGGGCCGUCUACAAGAACCUGCCGGCUUCGCGCCACCGAGGCCGCAGCUCGGGGGGCUGCUGUGGGCAGGAGGGAGGCGUGGAGCGGGAGGGCAAGGGCAGCGUCUGGGUGUAGGAGAGCAGGGCAGGAGUAAUGUGUAGCCUGGCUCUGUUUAUUUGUUCCUUUGCAUCUCUUUUUUCUGAAGCCAUUGUAAAAUUCCAUCAUAUGUCAUCAUUUAUAUUGAUUGUUUGUAAGUCAGUAUUGCUUUUUGUACACAGUUCCAUUGUACUGAAUGUAUUUUAUACCUUUUUACAAUAAAGUGACGCUAAACCUGCUGAGCUUGACGGGAAGCUGCGAGCUGAACGCGA